CAGGCGGCGCUGGGCCCAGCAGUGCUCGCAGCCUCGGAGUUUCGUGUAGCCCGGGCCCAGUGAGAUUUGUCCCUCCCCGGCAGCCGAUGGCGAGCGGUGCCCCCGGGCCUAAUAUGGAGCCGCUGCCCACCGUGCUGAUGUCGGCCUGGGCCUGGCGGGAGGCUCCGGGGAGCGGCCGGGACAAUGUACUGUUGCAGUUGAGUGUCGAACCAGACAGGCCCGUGGACUUCCGGCUGUUAGUUCGGCGGAGUGAAGGCCCCAGGGGUCCGGCUGGCACGGUGGUUGAGGUUUUUAAGCUGAAGGAUAUCUCGUACGAGCUGAAGAGCUUGUGGUGCCACGAGCUGACGGAGCUGACGGGCCCCGGGGAAACCGGCGGCUCCAUGAUCUUUAACUUUGAUGACAAACAAGAAGCCCAGAAGUGGUGGACGGUGGUCAGCAGCUCUCUGCGAGAGGCUCGGAAAGCAGCUUCGCAGGGUCAGGAUAACCCUUUGAAAGCCAUACUGGAUAAGCCUGCGACCGCAGCCAUCACCAGCGCGUUUAGAUCGCUUUCCGUGGCCCCAGAGAUUCCAGCGGAGCCCACGGACUUCCAUGCCAAAGAGGAGUUGGCCCAGCGGCUCAGCCGAGCCAUAGAGAGCGGAGACGAGCAGCUGGCUACCCGGUACGCGGCGGCGCUGGCCAAGCAGAGGACUCCGCUCCACAUCCAGCCGAAGCCGCACUCCUACCCCAAGAGUAACAUCCACAUGAAGAUAGGCGUUGAAGAUGCGUCCGGCUCGGUGAAUAUCUCCACUUUCGUUCAAAGCCAUACGACGAUAGCCAUGCUGAAACAGCAGAUCUAUCGGGAGUUCCGCUUCCACCCGAGUAUUCAGCGCUGGAUUAUCGGGCAGUGUCUGUGCGCGGACGGCCGGAGCGUGGCUUCCUACGGGAUAAAGCGUGACGGCGACACGGCCUUCCUCUACCUGAUCUCAGCCAGGCAGGGAAACCUCGGGCCUCACGACCAGUACCAGAGCAACGCCUUCCACUCCGCACCCUACCUGGCCGCGCCGCCGAGCGGACCGGCCCCUAUCAACGUUUCACUCAGUUUGAGGCCAGAAAUCAGUGAAAAUCUCAACACAGAAAAUGUUUCCCGAAGUUCCAAGCGCCCGGGGGUCCCCGGUCCGUGCCACCCCCCGGCCCCGGUUCAGACGGAGGGCUGGUCGUGCCCGAUUUGCACCUUUAUUAAUAAACCCACGCGGCCGGGCUGUGAAAUGUGCAGCGCUGACCGCCCCGACGACUACGUGAUCCCGGAGAGAUACAAACCCGACGAAACUGAAAAGAGGAGAAUACAGCAGGAAAAAGAGAGCAUCCGGCAGUAUGAAAAGGUGCUGGAGGAAGAGCGACGCCAGAACUUCCUGCACCUUCUGCAACUGGACAGCGAGGUUCUGAUCCCAAACCAGGAGGCCAUCGAGUGCCGGAUCUGCUUCACGGAAACCCCGGCGGGAGACGGCGUGCUGCUGCGCGAAUGUCUCCACAGCUUCUGCAGGGAGUGUUUGCGGCAGGUAGUGAAUUGCUGCGAGGAUCCGGAGGUUUCCUGCCCGUUCCGGGACGAGACGUACGCCUGUUACAGCAAACUGCAGCAGAGGGAGAUCCGGGCGCUGGUGUCUCAGGAUGAGUACAGUCGCUUCCUGGAGCGCGGCCUGGUUGUGGCGGAAAGCAGGAGUCAGAACAGCUACCACUGCCGGACGGCGGAUUGCAAGGGCUGGUGCAUCUACGAAGACUCUGUCAAUGAGUUCAUUUGCCCCAUCUGCUAUGCCGAGAACUGCCUCAUAUGUAAGGCCAUACAUAACGGGAUGAACUGCCGCGAGUAUCAGGACGACCUGCGUAUCCGCGCCCUCAACGACGCCGCCGCCCGGCAGACCAACGACAUGCUGAAGACGCUGGUGCAGACCGGGGAGGCCAUGUACUGCCCCCUGUGCCAGAUCAUCGUCCAGAAGAAAGACGGCUGCGACUGGAUCCGCUGCACCAUGUGCCAGACCGAGAUCUGCUGGGUCACCAAGGGCCCUCGCUGGGGCCCCCUGGGGCCCGGAGACUCGUCGGGAGGCUGCCGGUGCAACGUCAACGGGAAGAGAUGCGACCCCAAGUGUCAGAACUGUCAUUAACGCCCCCGGCGCGGCCGCGCAUGGAACCCGAUUACAUUUCACCCCAAUCUGUUUAAUUUAUAGCGUUUAAUAAUUGUUUCAAUGGCAAAAGUCAGAGUCGGUCAGACGGACUAAAGGACUUCGGUGUCCGCGGCGCAUCGAUAGCUCCGCCCGCUCGCUUUUACCGCCGAUCCGAACGUGUGAGCAUUAACCCCGCGGCAGGAAGCUCACUCCGGCUCUGAAAGGGUUACUAACGAUGUAUCACAUUAUUAUAUUCGCUUUAUAACGGAGCGGCGCGUCUCGCAGAAUCCUCUCCAGCUGCCUCUCUGUGAAUAAAUGUAACGUUACGCAGUCGGUGGAAGAUGGAGAAUGAUGAAGCUUUGUUUUCAUUGGUUGGUUUUGGGACUCCGCGCACUCCGAGCGCCGUCCGCCGAGCGUGAAGGGGAUCCCGGGUAUUUCCGUGUCUAUUAACCCUUCGUGGGAUUGAUAUAAUGUAACCUCAUUAAGAACUCAGGUAAAAGCCUCUACAAGUUACCAAACCAAAAGACUUUUUCACGCCCGACGGGCCAAUCGGCCGCUGCCUUUCUCGUUUUUUGUCUCAUAAAAUACCCCCCUC